CUUCGGCCGACACGCAUGGCCUACCCGCCUUUACCCCGCGCGCGCCACGUCCAACCGCGCGAGACGCACACGGCUGCCUCGCCGGCCGGCUAUAAGUACACGCGGCCGCCGCCCAGAAACGCCAUUAGCCACCCACUUCAUUUACCUGCUCCACUGUUACCCGUCCAUCACCUUCCAGCCGCUUCCUUCCCCAUCCGUCCCCGGCGUCACUGUCGACUCGUACAGAGUAGCGAGUUCGUCGUCUCGGGCGAGAUCAGGAUGAGCGACCCCAAGUACGCCUACCCCUACCCCGCGCAAGGUUACUACCAGGGGGGGCCAUACCAGGGGCAGGGCGGCCCGUACCAGGGGCCGCCGGUGAUGGCGCCGCCGCAGUACGCCGCGCCGCCGCCGCGCGCCCAGCCCAGCUUCCUCGAAGGCUGUUUGGCUGCGCUUUGCUGCUGCUGCCUGAUCGACGAGUGCUGCUGCGACCCCUCCAUCAUCUUCGUCGGCUAGAUCAGCCGGCCAAGCCCGGCAUGCGUCAACUGUACAAAGAGAUGGCCUCAAGGAUAUUAUUUACCACGUUGUUGCCACGCUAUAUAUGAUGAUCUCUCUCUAUAUAUGUAUGCAUGUAUUCGCUUAUUAUUGUUAUCUCACUACGGUGCUGCCUACCUGUGUAACUCGAAUCCAUCAGUAACAAAGGCUUUAUGAUCUUACCAUCUUC